GAGGAUAUUUCUUGUGUUCACCGGAAGCAUUCACUCUAUAACAACACGAGAUACCAUCAUUAUUCUAAUUGUUGCGCGAUGGAUUCGAGAUUUUUGUUUGCUUUGAUUCUCCUCUGUGGUCUGAAGGAUAAGUGUCAGACCUUUCCUUAUGUCUCCUUAUCCGGAGCUGGGCUACCUAACCAUAGUUAUGUAGACCUUGGAACAGUGGGGACAGAUUUUAGCACCAGUGUUUGGUGUAACACAGAUCUGGGGACUUGUUGCAGACAUGAAGAUGGUUCUCAUCGUGGACAAUGGUUUUCCCCUAAUGGUGUAGUUCUGGAGACAUAUGAAAAUAUUUAUGUGGUUGAAGAACAACAGAGAGUUGAACUACGUCGUGCAAACCGUACCACUUCACCAACUGGUAUAUAUCGUUGUGAGAUUCCAACAAAUGCUGUCAAUGAUGCUACAGACAUCUCAGUGAGAGCCAAAGUCUAUGUGGGACUGUACACUAGUGCAGGAGGGAGUGUCUCAAUAUCAGGAGGAGUGACAUUUGACCCAGUCCAGCUCACCCUCACCUGUAUCUCCACUGGUGGACCUGCUACCACUGUCACUUGGACCAGAGACCCCGCCACUGUCACCCAAGGAACUGAGACUGUGUUGAAUGACCCAGUGACUGCACAGUACACCCACACUCUGACUGUGACUGCUUUGGGAACGUACACAUGUACUGUGUCUAAUGUCAAGCCAUCGUCUGCAUCAGCUAGCGUCAUAUUAGAUCCGUCACCUCCCACUGGUGUGACAGCAGUCCAAAGAGGGCCUACAAGUAUUGAAGUAACUGGAAUCCUCCUGUUU